AAAACUCACCCUCCUGAGUUGAAAAAAUUUAUGGACAAGAAGUUGUCAUUAAAAUUAAAUGGCAGACAUGCCCACGGAAUACUGAGAGGAUUUGGGCCCUUCAUGAGUCUGGUGAUAGAUGAAUGUGUGGAGAUGGCAAAUAGUGGACAGCAGAGCAAUACUGGAAUGGUGGUAAUACGAGGAAAGAGUAUCAUCAUGUUAGAAGCCUUACAAUGA